AUGGCUGAUAAAGGUGGGAAGAUCCUUCCGGGACAAUUGUACAUUGAAGUGGAGUACGACUAUGAGUAUGAGGCCAAGGACAAGAAAAUUGUGAUUAAGCAAGGGGAGAAAUACAUAUUAGUGAAAAAGACUAAUGAUGAUUGGUGGCAAGUCAAGAGAGACGAAAAUUCCAAGCCCUUUUAUGUGCCAGCACAGUACGUGAAGGAAAUACCACGAAAAGCCCUGAUGCCACCUGUGAAGCAGGCAAGCGUGCUGCCAAAUAAUGCUUUGAAGUUGACACAUGGAUUACAGAGAUCAACAGAAAAUGUGAAUAAGUCACCAGAGCUCUCUAGUUUUGGAAAAUCUUCUCCAGUUCAAGUGUCUUGCUUAGUUCGAGAUGCCAAUCAAAAUCUGGGACUGAACAAUAGCCCUGGUCAAACUCUUGCUUUGAACCUGGACCUUACCCAAAACAAUGGAAAACUGAAUAAUGAAUUGCAAUCUCCCAAGGUUUCCAGCCAGUACAGAACCAUCUCAAUGGGUCAUUUCCCAUGUCCAGAGUUCUUGGAAAUAGAGAAGACCAGCUUUUUGCAUGAACAUUCUUGUGAUUCAGCAGGGGAAGGCUCAGAAAAAAUUCACCAAGAUUCGGAAUCUGGAGAUGAACUCAGUAGUAGCUCCACAGAACAAGUUCAGCCAACUACUCCACCAAGCCAAGGGAGGCCUGAUUCACCAGUUUAUGCUAAUUUACAAGAACUGAAAAUAUCUCAGUCCGCACUUCCACCACUGCCUACAAGUGCUCCAGUCCAAAUAAAUGGGGAAUGGGAAACCCAUAAAGAUACGACAGGACGCUGUUAUUACUACAACAGAGGAUCACAGGAACGAACCUGGAAACCUCCGCGGUGGGCCCGAGAUGCAAGCAUUAAUAAAGGGGAUUCCCAGAGCCAUGCAGAUCAUGAGCAUCUUUCAUCAGAAGAAAACGACCACAGUUCUUGUUACAGCCAGUCAGAUAGUCAGUAUGGUUCUCCUCCAAAGGGUUGGUCAGAAGAGUUGGAUGAACAUGGUCAAACCUUAUAUACCAAUGACUAUACUAAUGAAAAGUGGAUAAAACAUGCAGAUGAACAAGGUAGACCAUACUACUACAGUGCUGAUGGUUCCCGAUCAGAAUGGGAGUUACCUAAGUAUAAUGCUUCACCACAGCAGCAGAGAGAUAUAAUAAAGAGUAGGAGUCUGGACAGGAGGCUACAAGAACCAAUAGUUUUAACAAAAUGGAGGCACAGCACAAUUGUGUUGGACACCAACGAUAAGGAAUCAUCAACUGCUUCUAAGGCCAGUUGUCCUGAAAAUGAGUCCUCUCCUUCUUCACCAAAGCAUCAAGCCACAGUCAGUAUGCAAAGUGGUCAAGAGAAGUAUGGGUUAUUGAAUGUGACAAAAAUUACAGAAAAUGGGAAGAAAGUUCGAAAGAAUUGGAUGUCAUCAUGGGCAGUUUUACAAGGUUCAUCGCUACUGUUCACUAAAACUCAAGGAAGUGGAACUGGCUGGUUUGGUGUCAAUCAGUCCAAGCCAGAAUUUACAGUGGAUCUCAAAGGGGCAUUGAUUGACUGGGCCUCAAAGGACAAAUCCAGCAAAAAGAAUGUUAUUGAGCUAAAAACCCGCCAAGGAACUGAGCUCUUAAUUCAGUCUGAUAAUGACGGCUUUAUUAAUGAAUGGUAUAAAGUUCUUAACUAUACCAUCAACAAUCAGGUCGUAGAGUCCGAUGAAGCAUUAGAAGAUGACAUACCAGAUUCACCUGGGGUGGAAAAACAAGACAGAGAAAAAGAGAAAGAGAAUAAAGAAACUAAGAAACUUCGUUCAGUGAAAGCACCUAGCAAUAUCGAUUCCACAGAUCAGAAGAAGACCAAAACGAAGCUCAAGAAGUUUCUUACACGGCGCCCUACAUUACAAGCUGUCCGUGAAAAAGGCUACAUUAAGGAUCAAGUGUUUGGUUCCAAUCUCACCAGCUUGUGUCAAAGAGAAAACAGCACGGUGCCAAAGUUCGUGAAGCUGUGCAUUGAGCAUGUUGAGGAACAUGGAUUAGAUAUUGACGGCUUAUACCGAGUUAGUGGCAAUCUUGCGGUGAUACAGAAGCUGAGAUUCGCGGUCAAUCAUGAUGAGAAGCUAGACUUGAAUGACAGUAAAUGGGAAGAUAUACACGUCAUCACAGGAGCUCUGAAGAUGUUUUUCAGAGAAUUGCCGGAGCCGCUGUUCACGUAUAAUCACUUCAAUGACUUUGUCAAUGCAAUUAAACAAGAACCAAGGCAGCGUGUCCAUGCUGUUAAAGAUUUAAUCAAACAGUUGCCAAAACCGAAUCAGGACACUAUGCAGGUGCUCUUCAGGCACCUGAAGAGAGUUGUAGAAAAUGGAGAAAAGAACCGAAUGACCUAUCAAAGUGUAGCAAUAGUUUUUGGUCCAACCUUAUUAAAACCAGAGAAAGAGACUGGUAACAUAGCGGUCCACACAGUAUACCAGAAUCAGAUUGUAGAAUUAAUUCUACUGGAAUUGAAUUCCAUCUUUGGACGCUGACGUUUUUCUUGGAGUAGAAACUGGAAGUGAUGGGUUGGCAGAAGUACUCCGUCAGAAGGAAAAUCUCUCGCUGUACAUGGUGUAUUAUGUUUGUGGACCAAGCAGCAACUUGUUUUUUGCACUUUUGGGGAGGGGAGGAACAGGAGAAAUGUUUGACCACUUUAAUGCAAAUUAAAGACAACACUUUGGAUUUCUCUGAAAAGUUCAAUGUAAAGCGAAUUGAAAAGUUUAUAGUUUGCUGUUUUUAAAGUAGCAUUGGAAAAAUGUAAUAUAGGUUCAUA